AUGAAAGCCGUUGCCUCAACAUAUCACCAGUGCCUCAAGUUCCCAAUCCCCGACGGCAUAUACACCCUCAAAGGGUACAACAACCGACCUAAGCAUGAGGUCAUCACUCAAGUUUGCAUCGACGAGCUACGACCAAAGCGCCAGGUCGGUAUCGGCGCUGAGCUCGACCCAAAGAUCCAGAAAAGCCUCAGAAUCUGUGUUGACUUCACCGACCUCAACAAAGCCUGCCCCAAAGACAGCUUCCCUUUACCACACAUUGAUCGACUUGUUGAAGCAACUGCCGGGAACGAAGUCCUUUCCUUCAUGGAUGCGUUCUCCGGGUACAACCAGAUCCUUAUGCACCUUCAAGAUCGCGAGAAGACGUCAUUCAUCACCGACCGUGGCAUUUAUUGCUACAAAGUCAUGCCAUACGGCUUGAAGAAUGUGGGUUCGACAUACCAACGUCUCGUCAACCGGAUGUUUGCAAGUCAGCUUGGUCGAACCAUGGAAGUCUACAUAGACGAUAUACUCGUAAAAUCACUUGUCGCCACUGACCAUGUCGGCCAUCUCCGUACCUGCUUCGAUAUACUUGAUCAGUACGGCAUGAAGUUAAACCCCACCAAAUGCAUCUUUCGCAAGUACCUGUCUACUCCUCCAGUUCUGUCGAAACCUGAGACCGGCAAAACACUUUACCUCUAUAUCACGAUCUCAGAAUACGCCGUCAGUAGUGUACUGGUUUGGGAGGACAGAAGCGAGCAUAAACCAAUUUUCUACAUCAGUAAGUCCCUCGAUGGUUCGGAAUAUCGGUACCCAACUCUGGAGAAAUUCGUUUUCGCUGUCGUCAUCUCAGCACGGAAACUGUGCCCUUAUGUCCAAUCACAUGCCAUCGUCGUCCUGACCGAUCACCCACUUUGCAUUUUCCUCCAUAGCCCCAGUCAGUCAGGUCGGCUCGCCAAGUGGGCAAUUGAACUCAGUGAAUACGACAUCGAGUACAGAAGCAUGACCGCAACAAAAUCCCAAGUCCUAGCAGAUUUCCUGAUCGAAGUACCUCCAAAGCUGGUCGAUGCCAAUCCAAUCGUGCAACCAUGGAUCCUGCAUGCCGAUGGCUCAUCCUCUAACAAAAGCUCGUCUCAAAUCCCUGAUGGCGAGAUCCUCGAGCAAUCGUUUCGUCUUGGAUUCCCGGUAUCAAACAAUGAAGCCAAGUAUAAAGAACUUAUCGCUGGAUUACGACUCGCUAAAGGAACCGGUGCCGAACACGUUCACGUAUAUUACGACUCUCAGCUCAUGGCAAUCCAAUUUCACUGCAAAUACGAAGCUAAGAGCGACUGCAUGGAUGCGUAUCUUAAGGACCUUGCUUCGGACUUCUCAACUUUCGAGCUCACGAAGAUACCGCAUGACGAGAACGCCACAGCUGAUGCCUUAGCUGCUCUGGCAUCCAAUUUGGAUCCCAACCUUCGAUGA